GUUUAUUGUGACAGUUGAACAGGGUUAUCGUGAUCCUCCUUAUCAUAACUGGAAACAUGGAUUUUCUGUUGCGCAUUUUUCGUAUUUACUACUGAAAAAUUUAAAGUUAAUGGGAAAUCAGCUGAGUUUUCUAGAAGGUCUGUCUCUUUUUGUUGCUUGCCUUUGUCAUGACUUAGAUCAUAGGGGAACUACUAGUUCUUUCCAAGUGACAUCAAAAUCUGUGCUUGCUGCUUUAUAUAGCUCUGAAGGAUCUGUUUUAGAGAGACAUCAUUUUGCUCAAACAAUGGCAAUCCUGCAUACUGAAGGAUGCAAUAUAUUUGAAAACCUAUCUGAAAAGGAAUAUAAAACUUGCUUGGAUUAUAUCAAGGACAUUAUAUUAGCAACUGAUCUAGCUCAUCACUUCAGGAUAUUGAAGGACAUUAAGCAGGUUUUAAAUGAUGGAUAUGACAGCUCCAAUGCUGAUCAUCAUAGAAUCCUUUUGUGUCUUAUAGUUACUUCGUGUGAUUUAUCAGAUCAAACCAAGGACUGGACAAAUACAAAAGAGAUAGCAAAACUUAUCUACAGGGAAUUCUUUUCCCAAGGAGAUUUAGAAAAAGCAAUGGGUGUGAUGCCAAGUGAAAUGAUGGAUAGAGAGAAAGCACGCAUACCUCGAUUGCAAAUCAAUUUUUUGGAACAAAUUGUUUUACCAGUAUAUGGACUUCUCUCGGGAUUUUUUCCACAAUUGUCUCAUAUAGUGGACACAAUUGAAAAGCAUAAAAGGCAGUGGGAAAAAGUUGAAUGUGUAUUUUCUGAAUGCUACUCUUCCAGCAAUGUGUCUCCACUAGAUUUUCUGGAUGAUGGAAGAAUUGAUGCUGCUGCAUUAUCAGUUUAAUCUCAUUUCUUGAAAAUAAGUUAGCCUAUUUUGUAAAAUGUCUGUUCAUGGCUUGAGGUUAUUUAUUAUGCUUUCAAGGAACAUCAGCUUGCAGUAAUAGCGGUAGCUGUUUAAUAUGUAUUUAAGACUGUAAUUUUAUUAAAUAAAGUGAAUUGAAUAAGGCAGAUUAACAAAUGGUUCUGAGUAUAAAGAUGGUAACUUUUUCAUAAAAAUAUUGUUUUGAAAACGAUUUUUCUCAUAUGCUCAGACUAGCAUUUGGAAAAUAUAGUAAACUUGUUAAUCAUGUAUUACUUUAUCCACACGCUAAAUGAAACUCAUUUACUUACUUUUAAAAAAUGAUGGUAUUAAGAUAAUUUUAUUUUAUUGUCUUGUAAGUAAUUAAAUUUCUGUUGUAACACAUUCAAAAUACUGAACUCUUAGAUCUUUAUAUGUAAGGUUGUUUUACUUGUAUAUGCUUCUUUUAACUACUUGGUAAAAAUAUAAGGUUGCCAUACAUGGGAGACCAUCUUAAAUUUAUGCCAGUAUGUAAUUUAAAAACAUUGUACCUACAACAUAUAUCUCAUUCUGUGUACUUCUGUAAUUACAUAAAAGAAGGAAAUUAUUGUUGUUUUUAAAUUUAAAUGCUUUAAAUUUUGCACUGUAUGUUUUAGAUGAAUGCUUGAGCAUAACAUUGUGUACAUAUAUAUAUAUACAGUACAAAGUCCGAAAUCCGGAAAUCUAUUAUCCGGAAUGAUCUAAAAUCCGGACCACAAAGCCACAUUUUUUUUAUGCCUUACGCAUGCGCAUUUGAUUCUUCCUACCAUAAUAAAACGUGUGAAGAUUUUCACUUAAAAAUUCUGAUUUUUAAUUUCACUUAGACACUAAAUAAAAUAUCUCGUUAUGGAAAAACAAUCAUGUAAGCAUAAAUUUGUGAGAUUAAUAAUUUGGCUCCAUAGCUGAGUAUC